GGCCAAUUAAGAAGGCAUGCUUAGUAGUUCAGACAUUCCUUUCCCCAUUGCAGUGGAGCUCCAUGCCUCGCCUGAAAACCCUAAAUGUCGCAUUGGAACUCCCAUUAAAAACCCUAAUUUCUUGCACCUCAAGCUCGAGUUUGCUCUGUAAUGGUCAGGUGAAGGUUUGAAAGAUUUUCGUGGAGUCAAAUGCGUGAGUUUUGAUCCUAAAGGGACGAAUUGACAUGGAUCACUGAGUAGAAUGCAGAAAUGUUGUCCUCCACAAGGUUUGGCGCUGUGUUCUUGCCAAGACGGGCCACUGUUCUUUCGAGUGUUCAGUUUAGUUUUGGGAACUCUGCUGAGGUUUUGCCUUGCUCAACAAAUGAAUGUGAUGAAUUCUUGCCAUGGUUGGAGAGGAAGGCAGGCAUUGAAGUUGCCUUGGUGCUUUCUAUAGGAAGUUCAGCUCAUGGAAGGUCACUAUUUGCUUCAAGGCUUAUACGUUCUGGAGAUUACAUCUUGAAGAUUCCUUACAGCUCUCAAUUAAGAUCAGAUAAGAUCCUGCCAGAAAUUCAGCGUUUCUUGGGUUAUGAUACAAGCAGCCAUACUCGACUUGCUUUGCGUAUUUUGUUUGAAGAAAAUCUGGGCCAGGCAUCUGAAUGGGAGCCAUAUAUAAGUUGUCUCCCUCAAAUGGGUAUGCUUCAUAGCACGGUAUUCUGGAGUAAAGAUGAACUUGAUAUGGUUCGGUGUAGUCCAGAGUAUCAAGAGACUAUCCAUCACAAGGCUUGCAUAGAGAAGGAUUUCAUAGCUGUCCAACAGGCUCUUGGGCACCUCCCCCAUUACUUCAGAGAUGUGACCUUAGAGAAAUUUAUGCAUGCAUAUGCUUUAGUCGAAUCACGCGCUUGGGGAACAUCAUCCAAAGAACUUUCUCUGACUUUCUAAAUCAUGAUGGAUGGUCUGAGGGAACCUUACUCAGCAAUGAGGAUAAAGAAAUAUCAGAGGUUAUUGCCGAUCAGGACUAUGCUGUUGGUGAAGAGGUCAAUGACAAGUUUAGAUGGAUAUGAAAACAAGCAGUCAGUGUAGGAGGCCGCUGACGAAAGGUUUUUAUUUCAGGUUUUAAUAAGUUAUGGCAAAUUUUCAAAUGCCUGGCUCUUACUCGACUAUGGUUUUACACUUCCAUAUAACACUCAUGACCAGUUUCAGAUUUUCUAGAGAAUCCAAAUAACAAAAAUUGCUACCAGGUUCAGAUUUGGUUUGGGAUGUCCCAGUCUGAGCCCUUUUACGAAAUGAAAUUGGAGCUUUUGGAUAAACACCAAAUAGCAGCUACAGAUGAUGCAAAUGGAACUGAGACAGUUGGGAAUCAUUUUACAAUUCGGUAAAUGGAUUUCGAAACUGCCUGAUGUUGAAGAAUCAGUGCAUUAGGGAUGAAAUGUCACUCGAACUCAGAGCUAGGUGGUUCUUCUUGAAAUGUGUUGAGGUGCAGCAAUUGACUGGGCAUCCAGGGGUAAGCACUUGUUCAGUCCAGGCGAAGAGAUUUCAUUUUUCUGUGGUACUCAUUUCUUGUAGUUUAUUAUUGAAUUAUGUACCUUCUUUUCUUUUUACCACUGAGUACCCAUCUACUCAUCCUUCUCUUUCUUUUAUAUUACUUAUUUGUUUCAAAUAAAUCUCAUUGUUUAAAAUAUAAUGGAUGUGAACAUCUCAAUCUUUAUGUUAAGAAAUUAAAAAAGAAAAAAAAAAGUUGAAAAGUAUGAAACUUUGAAAUAAAUGUAUCGAAAACAAGUUUGAAACUUGGAUUGUGAACCGGGCCACUAUUGGGUAGUAACUAAGCUCAUAUGCAGCUCACAAUGACUCGGGGUCUAGGCCAGGUUGGGAUUGGUUUUAAGAUUUUUGAUCUGUAGCUAACAGCUAGGCUUGGACCCCAGUGAUAUUGAACCAUGAUAAGCUCAGAUGAUUCUUGGUCGAGGCUUUUAUCUUAUAGAUUGGACCUAGCCGCUUUUGGACUUUGGUAUUGAGAAGUCAGGUGCACGCAUUGUUGGAGUAGUGUGUGAGCUAACAUUAGGAAGCAUCAUGUACUCAAAAAAAUAAAAAUGCCUAGUAUUCUAACAUUUUUUGUAAUAAGAAUUAAAAAGAACGACAGCCUUGUUGAUGGGUAGAGGUACCACAAACAUGCCUUUAAUAGACUUUGGUGAGAGCCAAUCUCUUCCAGAAUUGUAGGAACACUUAAAUGUGUGUUGUUGGACGGUUAUUGGUUACGCUUCCAUGCAAGAAAGAUCUCGCAAGAUCUGUAGGAAGUAGAAUGACAAUUAUAGACAACAUAAGAGAGUGCUUCUGUUCAAAAAUGAUAUUUGGUCAGGUGUGAGGGCAGGAAAACAGAUGAAGAAUAUCAUUUGCUCUAAUAUAGGCUUGGAAGUUAUUGGAAACAUAUCCCUCCUCAGUCUGAUCUAAAAAUUUUGUUUUAUGCUUUUCUCAAAUGGUUCCAUCAUGGUUUGAUACUUUUUGAAGAUGUAAGCACAUCAUACUCGUGUUUGAGAAAAUAGACCCAUAGAUUCUUUGAAAUUUUAUUAAUGAAUGUGAUAUAGUAGUAGUAGACUGUUUGACACAAUAGAAACAAGGCCCUAGACACCAAAGUGCAGUAAAGAGAAAGGCUUGAUGCUUUUCUUAUUGUGGUAAAAGGAGAACCGGUGUGUUUUGCCAACUUGCACCUCUCACAAUUAUCCUCUUUAUAAACAAAUUUUUUGAUAACACUGCAUGCAAAAGUACAUAGUUUAGAAGAGAGGGUGUCAUCUGCGAGUGAAGUUUUCUUGCCCACAAUGUCAACUGCAACGAAGGUUGUUGGAUUGGUUACGUUCAUGAGAAUGGAGUAUGGGAACAUUCUAUCAGCCUUAGGGUGUUGUCAACAUCCAUCGAUCAGCAUUUUGAGUAUUCUUGCAAUAGUUCCAAAGGGCCCAGUUUGCAACAAACAGUGGUGUUUUCUUUCCGCUUGCAUGAGCUUAGGACUAGUAGGAAUAGCCAAACCACAUCACUGACAUCCUGUGGGAUAGCUUUGUCGACACACAAGUUUUUCCACCAAGGAGAUCAGAGGGCAUCAUCAAGAGAUAGAGUAGGAGUCUAAUGACGAAUAGAUGCUCAUGCAUAGCCCCACAAAAAGAAGAAAUAACUGAGACUGGCAUUGUGCUUUAGCGGAAACCUCACUUGCCUCAACAGGGAACACAAUCUAUAUUGAUUCUGCAUAUCCAUCUCACUUUGUAUGCCUGCAAAACUGUUCAAGUUGUCUUAAAUGGAUAGCCGAGGCUUUCAUCUUAUAGGCUGGGCCUAGCAGACUUCAACCAAGCCACUUUUGGGCUCAGUUUUAAUAAUAACGAUUAAACAAACAACAAUCUUGUUGAUGGUUAGAGGUAUAACAAACAUGCAUUCAAUGAACGUAGGUGUGAGCUAAUUUCUUUCAGAAUUGUAGGAAUGCUUAAAUGUGAGUUGUCAGGUGGUUAUUAGCUAUGCUUCCAUGCAAGCUAGAUAUUGCAACAUCUGUAGAAGUAGAAUGAAAAUUAUAGACAAAUUAAGAGAGUGCUUCAGUCCGAAAUGCUCUGGAGAGUGGGAGUUCACAAGAGAAUGAGUGAUUUCAGGUGUAUUUCAAUGUUUUCUUUCACCAAGCCCAUUUGGUCAGGUAUGAGGGUAGGAAAACAGGUGACGUAUAUCGUUUGCGAUCCAAGGCUUCACACCUGGAUCCUCAGAAAAUCCUUGAAUUUCUUUCAAUCCAUAUUACCCAGAUGGUUGCUGCCAUGGAGGUUUUCCAAAGGAGCCUGCCUGCCCAAUGAGAAUCCAAGGAGAGACUCAGGAGUGCCAGAAGAGAAGCAGGUGUAACCUAGGAGAGGCCGAAGAGGUGAAGGAGUCGGCUCCAAGAUUGAAAGCAAGGCUGCAAUGAAUAAAGAGUGAAGUAAGAUCUGCUAGAGGAUGGGGAAGGGGCAUCCCACUCUCUCUGCGUGCUUUUGCUCGUGUUAUGACUGCUACUUGAUGCCAGGAGUUGGAAGAUUUGGUGAGAGAAGCUGCUCAAAAUGAUGGAUGGCUUGCUCGGCGCCCGUUGAUGAAUAAGAUCAAGGAGAUUGAAGCCCAUCAAAUGUUACUUGAAGAAUCGAGACUCUGAUGCAGGGAUAUUCUCCCUGCAUUUUGUUGAAGAAUACGUGUACUGAGAACAGCCAACUUGAAACGCGGAGAAAGAUGGCAAUCGAUUUUCUUUCAGGAGAGCUGCGAGGUCUUCGAUCAGCAUCCAUGUGGUUGAAGAAUUAUCGCACCAGCUUAUCUGGGGGUUAGCCACUAUGGAAGCUUGAUUGAGUUUUGCUCUUCACCUAAAAAGGGUUUCAUUCUUUCCCUGCAAAAAUGCCUAUCUAUUCUCCUCAAUGUGAUUACAUAUUAUAUUGAAAAAAGAAAAAAUGAACGCCAUUUUGUCAUC